AUGGCCUCCGAGACUGUUGUCCUCAAGGUGGCAAUGUCCUGCGGAGGUUGCUCGGGGGCGGUUAAAAGGGUGCUCACCAAAAUGGAAGGCGUCGAGAGCUUCGACAUCGACAUGGAGCAGCAGAAGGUGACCGUGAAGGGCAACGUCAAGCCAGAAGACGUUUUCCAGACGGUCUCCAAGACCGGGAAGAAGACCGCCUUCUGGGAGGCCGAAGCCACUCCGGCCGCUGCUGCCGCUGAGGCUGCGCCGGCCGCUCCUGCACCGGAGGCGGCUGCCCCGACAGCAGACGCCGCGCCUGCACCGGAGGCAACCCCGGCCAACACCGUCGCUUGA